AUGGAAAAAGAGAAUGGUAAUAAAAAAAGUGGAAGGGGUAGAAAAAAAAAAGAAACCACAAAUGAAGAAGCAGAAAAUGAAGUGAAGAAAAAUAAAGAAGCGGAAAAUGGGGAAGCAAAAACGAUAAGCGAAGAAUUUAAAGAUGACAUUGAUGAUGUCCAAGAUUGGGUAAAUAAAACAAGACAUGCUAUGAAUAAAAAGUUAGAACCAGAAAAUAUAAAAUACAGUGAUGAUGAAGAUGAAGAAGAAGAUGGGGUAUCAAAAAAAGGAAAAAAAAAGGGAAAAAAACAAACAAAAAGUAGUAAAAAAUUUUCUACUAGUUUAAAAGUACAACAUAAAAACGAAGACAUUCAAAAUGAUAUGGUUUUAACAUUAAAAGAUCAAAAUGUUUUAAGUGAUGAAGAUGAUUGUUUAGUCAAUGAAGAAUUAAAAAAACAAAAUAUUAAAAGUUUAGUAACAAAGAAUGAUGAUAAUUAUUGGAAUCAAAAUUAUUAUGAUCCGCUCUCAUAUUAUAAUAAUGACUUAAAAAAUGAACAAACAGAUAAGAACACAUCUAUAAAUAUGCUUCCGAAAUAUGACGACAAAGAGGAAUCCUUUGAUGUGCAGGUAAAUUAUAAUUCCGAUGAAGAAGACAAUAAAAAAAAAAGUAACAAAAAAAAUCGUACUAAUAAAACAAACAAAAAUAUAGAUGAUUUAAAGAAAAGAACUCUCAAUAUUAUUGAAGAUGCUGUCACAGAAAGUGGUAAAGCUAUUCAAAUGAAAAAAAGAAAAAUUAAAAAUAUAAAUAAAAGAAAAUCAGAUGAUGUAUGGAGUUUCUUAUAUGAUGACCCAGUAAACAAAGAAAAGGAAACAGAAAAAAAUGAUGGAGAUAAAAUAAAAAAAGAAAAAAAUACAAUAACAUCAAAUAAUGACAGUACAAAGACAAAUAGUAAUAUUCUACAAGAUGUUAUGGAAAAAAUCAAAGAAGAAAAUAUGAAUAUGGAAUUUAAUUAUUUCGAUGAUACAUUACUUAGUCAAAAUGAAGAAGAAAAAGAAUUAUAUGAACUAUUAGAAAAAGGAAAUGAUUUAAAAAAUAAAAAAAAAAAAAGAAUUAAUUAUCAAAAUGAACUAUUAGAACGAGUUAUAAUAAAUGAUGAUGAUAAAAAAAUUGAUGACGAAAAAAAUAAUAAUACUAUAAAAUUAACAGAUACUUCUGAAUUUUGUAAAAGCAUAUACUUACCAAUAGAUAUGCAUGAAAGUGUUAAAAAGUCAGGAGUGAAAAAAAAUGAUAAAAUGAAUGGUAUAGAAAUUGCAGUAUCUGAUCGUGCAAAUAAUUCAAACAGACUUUCAAAAUUAAAUCAUAGUGAUGAAGAGGAAAAUGAUAAAGAUUCAAUAAAAAAUGAUGAACAUGAUGAAGAAAUAGAUCUUUCAGAAAAUGGUGUAUCUGAAAUUUUUAAUGAAAUUAAAUUAGAUGAAGGAUUAUUUGGAGCAUUAGAAUAUUUGAAAACGAAAGGGGAAUUAAAUAUAGAAGAUAAGAUAUAUAGAAACCCUGAAAAUAAACCAUUACAUAUGGCUACAGAUAAAAAUGACAUUAAAAUCGAUUAUAAAAAUGAUACAGGAAAAGUUAUGACACCAAAAGAAAGUUUUCGCUACAUUUCCUGGAUUUUUCAUGGAAAAAAACAAGGUAAAAAUAAAUUAGAAAAAAAAAUUAAAAGAAUGGAAAUUGAAAGAAGAUUUAAAGAAAACCCAAUGGAAUCCCUUCCAACAUUAAAUGUUCUUAAAAAAGUUCAAGAAGUUCAAAAAAAAGUUUAUUUUACCUUAUCCAAUAAUGGGUAA